AUGGCCGCCUCCACCAUGUCUGUCUGCUCUGAUGCUUGCACCAACUCCUCCUGGCAGGUAGAUGACUGCCCAGAGAGCUGCUGUGAGCCCAGCUGCUGCCAGCCCAGCUGCUGCCAGCCCAGCUGCUGCCAGCCCAGCUGCUGCCAGCCCAGCUGCUGCCAGCCCAGCUGCUGUGUCCCCAGCUGCUGCCAGCCCAGCUGCUGUACCCCAGCCCCCUGCAUUACUCUUGUCUGCACCCCAGUGAGCUGUGUGUCCAGCCCUUGCUGCCAAUCUGUCUGCUGCAGCUCCUGCACACCCUCAUGCUGCCAGCAGUCUAGCUGCCAGCCAGCUUGUUGCACCUGCUCCCCCGGCCAGCAGUCCUGCUGUGUGACCCUGUGCUGCAAGCCUGUCUGCUGCACACCCAUCUGCUCUGGAUCCUCCUCAUGCUGCCAGCAGUCUAGCUGCCAGCCCUCAUGCUGUCAAUCCUCCUGCUGUGUGCCUGUCUGCUGCAAGCCUGUGUGUUGCAAGCCCUGCUCCAGCGUGUCCCUGCUCUGCCGCCCUGUGUGCAGACCAGCCUGCUGUGUGCCCACCUCCUCCUGCUGUGCCCCCUCCUGCCAGCCCAGCUGCUGCAAGCCCUGCUCCAGCAUGUCCCUGCUCUGCCGCCCUGCCUGCUCCAGCCAGGCCUGCUGUGGCCUCUCCUCGGGACAGAAGUCCAGCUGCUGAUGACC